AUGAUGCUUUUCAUCCUAUUACUCUGCUGUGCUUUUGUCCAAGCAAAUGUAGUUUUCGAGAAUAUUUCAUGCUCAUUAUUGUCUCCAUCAAGAACAUUAUUCAUUCAAAACUUGCCAACUACUUUUGAAUUCAAUGUACCUUAUACAGUUGUUCUUUUGUCGAAUGAUACCGUUGUGUUGUCUUACUCAACAUUCGAGGUCGGUGCUGUUUUCAACUGGAGCAAUGACUCGAUUUGUCAUCCAACAAAUAAAUCUGUGCCAUCUGGCUUCCAGCGGGUUGAAUUUGUAUUGAAAUUGGAGAAAAAUUCAACGACAAUUCCGUGUAUUCAAUUAAAUCUGCUCAAUUAUUUCACUUCAACGAAAAUUAAAAUAGCUCAUCUCUGUACUAACAGCAGCACAGAUAAAAUUAUCGAUAACGAUGAUAAAUAUGACAUUCAAUCGUAUAUGAGGACCAUCAAUACUACUGAUGUAGCUUUGCUCGAUAAUUUCAAUUGGUUAAUUUUUGGACGGAGAGUUCAGCAAAGCUGGUAUACUCAUGAAGGUAUGCGAUUGAGUCGUGAAUGUGAUGCUGCAGAGGAUGGCCGUGUUGCGAUAUUUAACAAUCCACGAGGCAAACGACGACUCAUCUCUCGUCCAAUUGAUAUCAGUAACGUAUCUUUACUUUAUAUGCGUGUUGGCAGUGGUACAUGUCCACCACCAGGACCUACCGAUCCGCCUUUACAAUUAUUAAUUACAACAGAUUGCCUGAAUUACACCGAUUGGCAUGUUUUCUACUCACAACGUGUGUUACCUGGUAUAGAAUAUGUUACUGUACCAUUAUCUCUGAAUAAUUUUACUAAUUCAUCUACGGCAUGUUUAAAAAUCGAGCAAAAUGGUGAGAAAUUCUCUGGUGGUGGAUCGUGGUUUAUUGAUGAUUUCCUACUCAUUCGAUCUCGAUUACAAAACGACUACUUCUUCGAUACAUUUCAAACGAUGCGUACAGGAAAUUGGUAUCGGCUGACUGGUGGUCAAUUAAUGACGUGCGAUGAACGAAUGAGUAUGGUGUUCGAGCCGAAUGCAGACAUUCGAACAGAACUCGGCGCCACCACAAUCGACCUGUCUUUGUCAAGUAAAAUGGAUUACAAUCGCGAUGUUCUUUUUCAUCUUUCAAAAGAUUCGCCAAUUGAUUGGACAAAAUGGAACGCAACAGGCUUCUUAGAUUUGAAUAAAACAUGUACUGAUGAGGAUGUGAUCACAUUUAACGGUGAAAACUAUCGACAGUUAUGUUCACCGACUAUCGAACUUGGUUUGAUCGAUAGUAUUCGAGUUACACUCUCUGCAGAACCGUGUUUGAAACGUAAUAAACAUGUACCAACACCAGGCGCAGUUAUUUUUCUUGCGGUGAUUUAUAAUGGUUCAACGGUCGGCUACUCUCGAACGAUACGGCGAAUAGCCCUACGAGAAAUACAGUCGAAUCAUAAAACAUUCUAUGGUCGAUUGAAUGAAUUUCAUCAUGGUACAACAACAUUUGGUCGAAUAUGUUUAUCACAGUAUCAUCAGUCAGCUGGAAAAAAUGUUGAUGUUUGGAGUCUACGAGAUUUCACUGCUUUCCCACUUUUCCCAUUGAAUAUAACUCAUUAUAUUCAACUGGGUGUUAACCCGAAAUGUUCUUCAUCAUCUUCAACAAACGCAGGAUUGUCUAGUCAAACUGUCAAUGUGGAUUACUCGGCUGAUUUUGGAAAAACUUGGUAUGGAUUAUUUCAACCAUGUUAUCUCAAUUCAGCAUGUUCACAUCAUGUUCAACACGUUUAUUCAUCCAAAAUUGUUUUACCAUCAUCUGGAUGGCAUCGAGUCACUUUACCGUUACCAAUGUCUAUUCUACAACAAGAAUAUACUCGCUUUCGAGUAAGUGCUUCGCCAUAUAGUGUAUCAGCAUAUUCAACCAGUGACUCUUGGGCGAUCGAUCAAGUGUUUAUUGGACGAUGCUUUCGAGGCUGUAGUGGACAUGGAUGGUGCCAACUGAACUUAUGCAGAUGCGAUCGCGGCUUUUCGGGUGAAUUUUGUGAAAUAAGCAACGAAACAUUAUUUAACAAUGGUUUGUUUUUGAUGAAUAACAACGAAGAUCAAACAGGUCUACUUACCUACCAAGGUGGCCAUCUCAGUUAUCAAUGUGAUAUUAUAUCUCGCGGAAAGGCAUUAGUUUUCUCCAAAGCUGGUUUUCGAUUUCUGCGUAUAUCGAAUGUUAAUGGCAGUUCAUCGAAAUUAUUACAGUUCACACUGCGUCUCGGCAGUUCGAAUGUUCAAUGUUUAGGUACAAGUAAAACUGAUCUUGAUCGUGAUCGAAAGUCGAUUUUAUUGCUAACAUCCUGUUCGAACGGUGUUCAUUGGACAAUUGUCGAUCGUUUUAGUAUUUCCGAUCUUCUUGCACCUGACUUUAGGUUAACGAUUAGUCGAGUUGUGUUUCGAGAAAAGCUCGACAGUGAAAAUUGUCUCAUCGAAUGGAGGCAAAUGGCACAUGGUGGUGAUGAUCAAGACGUUUGGGCAAUCGAUGAUAUUAUUAUUCGAGAAGUGUCGGUCAUCAAGUCAAUAAAACAUCCAUACAAUGUCAAAACUUUUCAAACAAAGUUGACGUACAUUCGACCAGGAUACAUCCUUAGUUUCCGAUUGGAUGCAAUUAAUCAUAAAGACCCAAACGUAGUACUCGAUGUUGAUGAUAUCCGUCUCCGAGUGAAUUCAAGCGAAAUCGAUCUUUCGAAGGCUAUCGAAAUCUUCUCGUACGAGUCAGAAAAUUCAUCACAUACUAUCAUUAUCGCGCUUCCAAAGGCAAUAUGGUUUAAAGAUGUUGUCUUAAAUCUGAAUGUUACAGCAACGAAAAAAUUCAAUAUGAGCUCAAUUUACAUCGGCGUGCAAUGCGAAAACAAUUGUUGGUUGAAAGGUGUUUGUUAUGAAGGGAUAUGUUUGGAUGAUUCAAAGAAAUUCACAAAGCAACUAAUCGAUUUAUCAUUAGAUGAAAAUGAUUUGAUCAAACAUAGAAUGAAUGCUGUUGAUGACGAAGUUUUACUACCGUUUGCCGAUUCAACGGACAUAUCGGCUGUUCAUUUCCAAACUAUCGCGAGUAAUCUGAGAAAGAACAAGCUAUUGCUGGAGUGCUCGCCAAAUGGUGGAAUGAAAUGGUUCGAGCUCGGUCUAUGGUUGGAAGAAAAACAAAAUUUUCUAAGAGAUCAUUAUGUAUCGCUACCGAGCACAUGUCAAUCAAAGCAAACAUUAUUCCGAUGGAGUAAUUCUUCCAUUCAACUACGAAAUGUCGCCUUCGUGAAAGCACAGACACAGUAUUCUGUUAUGGAUAAAUUUCAGAAUAUCGACUCUUCAAAAUGGUUGUAUCCAACUUAUGCCAUCAAUUCAUCCGAAUUGAUAACAAACAAAAUUCGUCUGAUUCCCCAGACAAAAUCCAUCUACCAACUUAUAACAACAUCCAUCACUGUCAAACAAAAGGAUUAUGUUAUCAUGAUUGAUAGUGACUUAAAUCGAAAUCGUACACAUUUACAAAUUGCUUAUUCUCUCGACAACUUGACAUGGCAUGAAUUGAUUGACACACGAAGUUUCGAACAGAAAAUGAAUCGUUUCGGGCGACAGAUUCCAUCGGAACUCUAUCGACGUUCGAUUCUGAUACGGAUUCAAAGCGAUCAUUCAUUUACAUUAAACUAUAUUUAUAUUGGUCCUCAAUGUCCAGCCAAUUGUUAUGGUUUAGGCAAAUGUCUUUGGGACAAUCAAAGAGCAGUUUGUCAAUGUGAUAAGAAUUCUACGUCUGAAGGUAAUUGUCUACCAGGAGGUCAAUCACUUUUAUCGAGUAUAUAUGAAACAUUUACGAAUAAGUUAAAUGCUUCAUUAUGGACGACGUCAUUGAAUGCUCAUGUCACCAAUCGUUGUCAUAAUCGGCAAAGUACGACAACACCUUACUUAUGUUUUUCGUCGAAUAGUCAUAAUCAACGAUCAUAUGCAAUAAUUGGACCGUUCAAAACGAUUAAAUAUGUUAUAUUUAAAUUCGGUGCACUGUAUACUAAUGCAACAAACUGUUUAAACCAAAUUUUAUUUCAAUAUUCGUAUGACAAUGGUAUUCAAUGGUUUACAAAGGACAAGUUAGAUACUUCGAAUAAUUUCUUCGAGAAAUUUGACGACUUAAAGAUAAAUGAAAAUCUUUACCUUAGAUGGAUUGAGGAGAAUGAUCAACCAUGUCUAGUAUGGAAUCUCCGUUCGAUAAGUAUUCGAACGAGGGGGGAUGACGAACUUUGGUUUGAAAAUAAUCUACACGUUGAGCAAAAGAAUAAGAUUGAUUAUGCCGCCCAAACUUGGGAAUUUGCAACAAUUCAGCCGAGUUCAAUGAUUCAAUUUGAUUUGCAAAUGUUUCCGAGAAAGCAAUUCAAUGAUACUGAUUGGCAGCUACUAUUAGAAAUUAGUUCCGAUGUUAGUCAUGGGUGGUUCAAUUGGAUGCCUUUGAUUCUUCCAUGUAAUCAAACAACUCGGUAUUGUGAAGAUCAAAUAGCUUCGACGGGGUCGAUUUUUCUUGCAGAGUUAUACAUAAAACGGCGAAAUGUGACUAUUCCUGUUCCUGAGAAUUAUGUCAAUCAAGAUGUUCGUUUUCGAUGGUCUGCUAGUGAAUCCGAUGCACGAUUUAUAAUUCACAAUGUUUAUGUUGGAGCGGAUUGUCCGUGGUUUUGUUCCGGCCAUGGAAUAUGUCAGUCAAAUGGUUGUUUGUGUGAUCAUGGUUAUGCAUCACCGUACUGUGCGCCUGAUUCUUCGAUUGAAAUGGACGAUAGUUUAUUAUCUGUUGAAUUGUCAGAGAAUCUAUCAGUUUGGUCAGAAAUAUGGGGACAUGAAAAGUGUUCUGCCAGUGAUUCACGACGCGUCUUCUCACAGGCAGGUAGUCGUGGUCUUAUCAGUCCAGAACUUUCUUUGAGAAAUGUCCAGUUAAUUCGUAUUCAAUUGGAUAUUUGUUCAAAUCGUUCAGAACUAUUUCUUGAUCCAAUUUAUAUUCAAAUGUCAACAAACAAUGGCAUUCUAUGGACGACGCUGACGACUAUUGUUUACCGUUCAGAACAACCUUAUCAGCCUUGGUUGAUUGUAAUACCUGAUGAUGAAAUAUUGCAAGUUCAUUUAGUCCGUAUACGACUAUUUCAACGUGUAUUGACAAAGUGGACAUCAAAUUGGAUACUAUCUAAAUUCGAACUGAUUCCAAGAGUAUUGCCCACUCGAUGGAUUAGUAAUUGUUCUUCGAUAAGCCAUAUCUGCGACUAUAGAGAUUACAUCUUUCCUUUGGAAGUUUAUUCUACUGUCGAUAUUCAGUUGAACGAGACAUCUUUUUUGACAUUUCAACUGGAUAGUCAUCCUUGUAUGACCAAUCCUUUAGGAGCACCAAAUCGAUCACAAUUUGAUUUGGAAUUUUCAACUGACUACGGUCAAACUUGGUCACCAAUUGAUCGACCAUCAACAGUUGCAUCUAGCACAAAUGAUAUCAUCAUCAAUCAACCACUUCGCCCAAUAAAGAAUCGCUUUUAUCUUCCAGUACACGCCUAUCGUUCAUUAUCUAAAUCUAUUCGCAUUCGUUGGUUGGCACACAAUGCAACUAUAGCCACUCGUCGACAAAUCACGAAUGUUACUAUUCGUUCUGAAUGUGAAAUCCUAUGUGAAUUACAAAUUUGCAACGAAAAAUGUCGUUGUGCCGAGAAAAACAAUUGUUCAGUGCCAUCGACAAAAACGACGUUCUUCGAGCGAUUCAAUGGUAGUUCAUCCUCUUUAUCCAAUUUCAUUCUCUUGCCACCGUUGAAUCUAGUCUCAACCAGAUUCAUCGAGUUAGAUAUCCACAUGAAAUGUCAACAGAACAAUUUCAUACUAUCCUUAGAAUAUUCACGUAACAUGGGUUUAAGCUGGCAACUGUUUAAACAUUACGUCUUGCCUAUAAAUGAUUCAUAUAUACUACAUGAAGAUUUUCAUGAUGAUAUGAAAUAUGAUUCUGUUCUUAUUCGAUUAGUGAUCCUUUCCAGUAUGUCGGAAUGUGUACAUAUCGAACAUAUUGUUGUUAGUGGUGCGAACAAUCCUCAAGAAAUGAUCUAUGGAAAAUUUGAUCAAUUAACUAACUUUGAACCGAAGUUCUUUGUUUCAUUCGGUGAUGGAAUAUUCAAUGGAACACAUCUGAUGUUUCCAUUCUCAAAUCAAUCUGACUCGAUAAGCAAUGAAAUCAUUACGGACGAUUUACUCAUUCUCAAGAAAUUGCUCGAUGUUCAAUUAUCUACUGUUUCUCUUGCGAUGAAUCAAUGCAUAAGUGUUCAACUAUCGUUUUCAUCUGAUUAUGGGCAUACUUGGCAAGUUAUUGAACAUGAUGAUGUAUUACUUUAUGAUGAACAAUCGAAAAUUCAGACAUGGAAGUUAGCUUCAACGAUGAUCGGUUCCAAUCAAGUUCGCUUUCGUAUUCGUUUUAAUGAGGAACAAAUUUCAACAAAUGAAGAAGUGUUUCUCAUUGCUAUCUCGGAACUCUAUAUCGGCUCGAAUUGUAGCAAUUCUUGUAAUGGUCAUGGAAUGUGUUUGAACAACAGUCAAUGCCGAUGCGAUUUCGGUUGGACGAAUAGUGAUUGUAGCCACUCGUUGAAACGCUUUCCAAACGAAUUAGAUAUUCUCAAACAUAAAUAUUACAGAAGUUCUGGUGAUUCACAACAUACAAAAUGUGGCACCGUUUUUGAUAAAAUGUGCAAACGAGAAUUGGAAACAAACUAUAUCGAUGUCAACCACGAGCAUACAUAUGUGGAUGUUGAACUCGGUGACCAAUGUGUAACGAAAACGGUUACUCGAAAGAAUAACGAUGGCUGGAUUCGAUUACAAUAUCGAGAAAUCAAUGUGCAUCAAUGGAAUACGUUGCAUAUAUUCAAAGGUUUGCAAUUAAAUGUGACUAAACUGUUACCAUCGGCUAUUCUUCAACUUCGAUUGAUUCAAGAUCCUCCAAUGACCAGUCGAUCGGCGUGGUCAAUCGAACGGUUUCAUGUAUCUCAUAUUCAUUCGUAUCUUCAAUGGUCUUCAUCAGAAGAUCAAAAUCAGACAUUGUCAUGGAACACAACGUUUCUCACCUUCACCAAAGCGAAAAAUGAAAUCGUCUAUGAAUCAAAGGAUGUUUAUUUUAAAUCAGAUUAUAUUCUGCAGAUAGAAUUCAACUGCAUUAAUCUCAUACUUGAAUAUUCACUCGAUUUUGGCUCAAAAUGGUUAGAGAUUUCGAAUGACAAUGAACUGCAAUUUGUACCAAUUCAAUUUCGAUCGGCAAAUGUUACAAUCAAUCGAUUAACUUUUCCAUUUCAUUUGUUAUUAAACAGUAAUCGAUCGAUUCGGUUUCGUCUACGAUUUUCUUCCAAAUGCUCAUAUCAUCCGUUGAUUUAUUUCUACAUUGGAAAUAAAUGUCCAAUGAAUUGUUUUGGCAAUGCACAUUGUAAUAAAGGCGAAUGUCAAAUGACGAAUUCAGUUCUUCCAGUCGUUGAUUUUCGUGAAACAUUUGAAAAAGACUUUUCCGGUAUGAAUUGGUUACACUUAGAACCGUAUCAACUGGAAACCAAUCAAAUCAAGUGGACAACAAUCAAUCGUCAAGCUAUAACGCAACCGAUUGAUUUACGCUUGAUACGGGCGAUUAAAUGGACGUACAAUUUCGAUGAUAUACAAAAAGCAUGUUCGAAUUCAAUAUAUUUUCUCAUUUCAACAGAUGGUGCAUUGACAUGGUUGAUUUUGUAUAAGUUCGAUUUUUCCAGCAAAACUUCGAACACGUCCAUUGAGACAACCAUUGAACUAGAGUCGAUGAAUACGAAAUAUCAAACUGGACAAUUUCGCUGGUACGAACCAUCGUCUCCUAAAUGUGCAAAUGUUUCAUGGAGUCUGUCGAGGAUAAUCUCAAUCAAAUCAAUCAACAUCUAUUUUUUAACGGAUUAUUUUUAUACUAUUUCAUCUUCACGUGCCAAUUGGGAAUCAAUCGAUGGUGCUUCACUGGCGCAACCUGAUCUAUGCAAUAAUAACCUACCAACUUUAGUCUUUCGUGAACCUUCGUUUUCGAUUACGACCGUGCCAAUUCUUAUUCAAUCUUAUUAUGUUCUAGUUUUUCAAUUCAAUACAGAAUGUGAUCGAAAUACUAACGCUAAGACGCGUCGUUGCCAUAACAUCACUACUUCAAUCGAAUAUCGAACAGAAUCAUCAGCAAAGUGGAUCAAAUUGGGUGAUAUGGGCGAUCUAGCUUGUCGAACUAGUUUACUAAACGGUGGUUAUUUCAAUAUGCAUACGCUGAAAUUACCAACGGAAACCUAUUCGAGGUAG